AUGGCUCCAACACGUGGAUCACGUAAAUCUGAAACAGUUGCUGCAUCAUCAUUAUCAAUUGAAAAUCAAUUAUUAGCUGAUAUAGAUGAAUCAAUUAAUUUUGAUGAUGAUGAAUGUCAAACAAAAGAUGAUAAAGAUUCAAAUCAAUCUACAUUUGAUCCAUUUUCAACAAAACAAUUUCAAUCAAAACGACGACGUGGAUUUCGUAAAAAACCUCGACCAUUUAGUGAAGAUGAUAUUGAAGCAUUACAACAAUUAUCAUGUGCUAAAGCAUUUUCCAAAUUUCAUUCAAGAAUUAAACGUGAAGCUGAAACAGAUGAAUCAAUUGGAGAUUAUCUUAAAGCUUGUGCUUUAUUAGCAACAAAAUUACGUCAUUGUAAAAAUGAAUUUUUAGAAGGUGAUCAUGCUGAUCAACAAAUUGAAAAUUAUUAUAAAGAUCGUCUUGAAGAAUAUUCAACAUUAUCAAAACAAGAAUUUUUAAAUUUAGCUGAACGUUAUAAAUCUGAUAUUCAUCAUACGAUUGAUAAAUGGCUUAAAAAAAGAAGUAAAUCACGAUCACAUGCAAAAAAAGCUAAUCCAGGAGAAUAUAAACGAAAUAUGUUAUCAGAUGCUCUUCAAGCUCUUGCUAACAAAUAA